AUGAGAUUGAUAAGCAGUAGAUUCCGGUCGGACUGGAACCAAGUCUUGAAGGAGAUGUCCCUUUUGGACAAGCUCCUUCCCUUUUUAAUCAUCCUCGCCAUGAUCAUCGGGAUACUUUUAUCGAUAUACGUGCCUAAUUCCAGGAGGGUGUUCACUAGCUCCGACGGCGAGAACAAGUUGACCACGGUGUCGAUUCCGUUGACGGUGGGGUUGAUCAUCAUGAUGGUGCCCCCCUUUUGCAAGGUGCAGUAUGAAAAGUUGCUCCAGUUGAACAAGAGCAGCACUAGGCAUACCAAGUAUAUGCAGGAUAUCUUGAUUUCGCUUGUGUUGAACUGGGUCGUGGGCCCGCUUCUUAUGUUUGGGCUCAGCUGGGCCGUCUUGUUCAACGAGCCCGAGUACCGCGUGGGGGUGAUUAUGAUUGGCAUGGCGCGGUGCAUCGCGAUGGUUUUGUUGUGGAACCAGCUUGCGUUGGGGCUGAAUGAGCUAUGCGCCAUUUUGGUGGUGUUGAACAGCUUGUUGCAGAUUGUGUUGUAUGCGCCCUAUCAGAUUUUGUUCUGUUACGUCAUCACGGGCGAGCCGAUCGAUUUCGACCUGCUGGUGACGAUGGGCGAUUUGUUCUUGAUGGUGUUGAAGAACAUCGCCAUCUUUUUAGCGAUGCCGUUGGCUUUUGGCGUCUUGAUCCGCGUGGUGGGGUUGGUUACUGUGGGGCGCGAGACGUUUGAAACAAAAGUUAUGCCCUGGAUUGGGCCGUGGGCACUCGCUGGGUUGCUCUAUACCAUCCUCAUUAUAUUCAUCACCAAGGGCGACACCUUCAUCCAUGAGAUCCACGAGAGUUUGAAAUGCUUGAUCCCUUUGCUGCUUUAUUUCUUGAUCAUGUGGUUCGGCACCUUCUUUUUGAUGCGGUUCGUUACGAAUUACCGCAACUUGCGCCAGUACCGGGCAAAGAAUAAGCACAACGAAGAGGAGGAGGUGGAAGAGGAGGGCUUGUUGACGUGUGGAUGCGAGGAGAAGUUGACCAUUGAGCAGCGCGAGAAACUGCACAGCUUGAAAUGCAACGCCAAUUACGCGAAAACGGUUACUCAUCUGUUCACCUCGGCGUCGAAUAAUUUCGAGUUGAGUUUGGCGAUGGCGAUUGCCUUGUAUGGCGACCAUAGCAAACAGGCAAUUGCCGCAGUUUACGGUCCGUUGAUUGAGGUGCCUAUCUUGUUGCUCCUAACUUUUGUAGCUAGGUAUUUUAAAGUCAGAUACGUUUGGCACGAUGACUGA